AUGGCUGGGUCCCGUAGGAGUCCGGUGUUGAGAGACGAGUGGAGCGCCGCCAACAACGCCAGUGAUCACGACAGACAAAGGCCUCGAGAUUCUCGUCCUUACAACCGUGACAGAGGCAGGGACAAACACCGGGAGCGAGACCGUCCUCCCCGGCCCAAACACGGCGGAUCAGAUCAUUCGUUACGGUCGCCGCCACCCUCGCGUGCUUUUGCUCACCCUGGCCGCGAAGGACCUCACAAACCUCGCGAUUUGCCCAUAGAUACACCGAGCGCUCGUUCCCCUGGCCCGUUGGAAAGUGGAAAGAACACAGGUUUCCGUCCUUUUUCGCAAUCUUCAGCAGGUCAUCUGGAUUACCGUCCGUGGGCAGCUGAGAAGGAAUUUCGAACAGACGACUCCCCAUCGGCACAACCGCCAUCAAAACGCAAAAGGUCACAGAGUCCAUCGCCUCAUCGCCCCCAGCACCGUCCUCCUCAUCCUCCGCGCUAUCCCCGUCACCAUCGCAAACACGGCGAGGGUUUCGACCGAGGCUCUUUCCCCCCGAAACGUGGACGUUUCCCAGGUCGCGGUAGAGGCGGUCGAGGGCCACCCAGACGAGGGAGAGACCGACGCCGAAACGAUUUUGGGCGCGUGGGCUCUCCGGGGAGAGAUUCGCUAUCUCCCGGCCGUGGAAGAGACUCUUUUUCACCACCACCUCGUAGGUGGUCACGCAGCUCCCAUCUGGAGGACGAUUUUGAAAGAAAUUUCCGUCAUCGAUCUGCCUCCCGUCAUUCAACGCGGUCUGUGAACUCUAUAGUUUCGACGCUUUCUCAUCGGGAUUCUAGAGGCGACCUGGAAAUGAAUUCGACAAGGCCAAUGCGGCUUGUUGAUUCUGCCAGAUCGCCAUCUCCUUCCCGGUCAGGUUUUGAUGCGGACAACGCUAGUGUUCCUGGUGACAGCGAUGCCCCACGCUCGCGAAGUUUCAAGCCACAUGUUGACAACAGACACUUUGAAACAUCACCACAAUACAGAACCUCAAAUUCCCCUAGGCCUACGUCUCCGUAUUCGUCGGGACGGGCUCCAUGGAGUGGGCAACCGCGCUCUCCUCCAUCUCGACAGAAUAGCUAUCCUCCUCCCCCAACUGGUCCGCGGAAUCAGCAAAUAUCCUACAGCAGACCCCCGAGUCAAUCACCAUAUCAUGUUGUGCAUUCUGGAUACCGCGGUGGUUACCAUAACCAGGGCCGUCAAUUUUCUGGAUCUACUGGUGGGCCUUCUCCCCGUGGUCGGGGCCAAUUUGACGACCUCCAAUGGGCCCCGACGCAUCCCCGAAGUUGGAACGGUCCUCAUAGUCCGCACACGGCGUCGGGCCAACCGUCACAAAGUCCUCCGCCGCCCCCGCCAGAUGAUCGAAACUCUCCCCGUUUCAAAGAGGGUGGCCAUCCUUUCCGACCAGUGAGCAGGGAUCAUUCACUAGAAACUGAAGGACCAAAACCCAUUUCAGAACAGAAUGAUUCCCAAAGAAUGCCACCACCUGGACCACAUCCCACCAAUGCACCUACUGGUCCGAGCAAGGGAGGCAAAAUUAGCUUUGCUUUCAAAGCAAAACCUACACCAGCUCCUGUCCCCAAGCCAGUUCCCGAUCUCGCUCAGAGAAUGCAGCCUCGCGAGCCUCCACGGGUUGCUGAACCUCCACCGCCUCGCAGGAUGAUUUCCGGACCACCGCCCAGGUUCAAGCCUGAUCCACGAUUUGAUCGUCGUGGAGGGCGUGACCGAGAUCGGGACCGAGAUCGUGAUCGCGACAGGGGUAGACAUGACCGACGUGAUUUCCGAGAGACCCGCGGAGGAUUUCGUGAACCCAAGGGUGGCCGACGAGGAGAUGAUCGUCGGUUCGAUCGUUAUGACAGAAGACGAGGAGACAAACGGUCAGACUUUCGUCCUGGUCGCCGCCGGACACGCUCCUCUGAUCGAGAUCGAGGUUGGAGACCCGAGCCAGAACCAGAAUUCGAACCGGAGCCAGAGCCAGAGCCAGAGCCAGAGCCAGAACCGGAGCCAAAGAAGCAAAUCAAGAUCAUGACCCGACUAAAGCCACGCCCUAUCUUGCCCGAAGAGUUUACCCAAUCCGACUCUGUAUAUUAUCGAAAACCUGGGAAUGAAUCAGUCAUUGGUGCAGGCACCUACGGAAAGGUUUUCAAAGCUAUCCACAUAUAUACUCAGCAGGGAGUAGCAUUGAAGAAAAUUCGGAUGGAAGGCGAGAAAGAUGGGUUUCCCGUCACGGCUGUGCGCGAGAUCAAGCUACUUCAACAUCUCCGAAGCCAUAAUGUGGUCAGCUUGCUUGAAGUUAUGGUUGAACGCAACGAGUGCUUUAUGGUAUUUGAAUAUCUUGCUCACGAUCUCACUGGUCUUAUUAACCAUCCUACUUUUACGCUCACUGCUGCCCACAAGAAGGACCUGGCCAAGCAAAUGUUCGAAGGUCUCAAUUACCUUCACCAUCGUGGUGUUCUUCAUCGUGACAUCAAAGCCGCGAAUAUCCUCAUCAGCAACACGGGUUUGUUGAAAUACGCAGACUUUGGUCUUGCCCGGUUUUUUUCCAAGAGCCGCCAACUUGAUUACACAAACCGUGUGAUUACGAUCUGGUAUCGACCACCAGAACUUUUACUGGGAGAAACCCGCUACGGACCGGCGGUAGACGUCUGGAGUGCAGCCUGUGUGUACGUCGAAAUGUUCACGAAGAAGGCCGUCUUCCCUGGUGAGGGAGGUGAAAUUAGCCAACUCGACAAGCUCUACAACGCCCUUGGUACGCCGACCCGCGCUGAAUGGUCUGAUAUUGUGGAGAUGCCUUGGUUCGAAUUGAUGCGACCUGCAGAGCGCAAGAAGAGGGUUUUUGAGGAACAAUAUGGUACCGUUCUUAGCCCCGCCGCUCUGGACUUAGUGUCCAAUAUCUUCCAGUAUGAUCCAUCGAAACGGCCCACUGCUGAGGAAGUAUUGGCACAUCCUUACUUUGUGUCUGAGGAACCGAAGCCUCGGCAAGCAUUGGAGCUGGAGAAAAUCGAAGGCGACUGGCACGAAUUCGAAUCCAAGGCCCUACGCAAGGAGAGGGAUCGGGAGGCUCGUCGCGCAGCGGAAUACCAGAAGGAGAAACGAAAAGCAGUCUCGUCGGUGCAUCAGAGUGAGAGGGAUCCGAAGCGUGUCAAACCAGACUUUGGUAAAGAGUAUCCACCGGCACCAGCACCGGCCGGUGUUUGA